CUCCCAGGGGGCUGCGCGUGCGCGUCCACUUCCGGCGGCGGCGCGGGGGGUCCGGAAGCGGCGGCCGGCGAAUCCCGCGGCGCCAGGUGUGGGCGGCGGGAGUAUGCGGGGCGGCCGGCGGCCCCCGCGCGGCGCGUUUGUUUCACCGCAGCGGUGGCGGCGGCGGCGCGCGGCGGCUCUCGCGUGAGCGGAGGGCGGGGCAGCCGGCUGCGGGGGGGCGGGCGGGGCGCGCUCGGCCCGCGGGCGGCGGCGCCAUGUGGAGCGGCCGCAGCUCCUUCACCAGCCUGGUGGUGGGCGUGUUCGUGGUGUACGUGGUGCACACCUGCUGGGUCAUGUACGGCAUCGUCUACACCCGCCCGUGCGCCGGCGAUAGCAACUGCAUCCAGCCCUACCUAGCGCGGCGGCCCAAGCUACAGCUGAGUGUGUACACCACCACACGGUCCAGCCUCGGUGCCGAGAACAACGUGGACCUGGUGUUGAAUGUGGAAGACUUUGAUGUGGAGUCCAAAUUUGAAAGGACAGUUAAUGUUUCGGUUCCUAAGAAAACAAGAAACAAUGGGACGCUGUACGCAUACAUUUUCCUGCAUCACGCUGGGAUUCCGCCAUGGCACGAUGGGAAGCAGGUGCACCUGGUCAGUCCUCUGACUACCUACAUGAUCCCCAAGCCAGAAGAAAUCAACCUGCUCACUGGGGAGUCUGCUUCUCAGCAGCAAAUUGAAGCAGAGAAGAAGCCGUCAAAUGCCCUGGAUGAGCCUGUCUCUCACUGGAGACCCAGGCUGACCCUGAACGUGAUGGUGGACAACUUUGUCUUCGACGGGUCCUCCCUGCCUGCUGACGUGCACCGAUACAUGAAGAUGAUCCAGCUAGGGGAGACUGUGCACUACCUUCCCAUCCUGUUCAUUGACCAGCUGAGCAACCGCGUGAAGGAUUUGAUGGUCAUAAACCGCUCCACCACUGAGCUGCCGCUCACCGUGUCCUACGACAAGAUCUCACUGGGGCGGUUGCGCUUCUGGAUCCACAUGCAGGACGCUGUGUACUCCCUGCAGCAGUUCGGCUUCUCAGAAAAAGAUGCGGAUGAGGUGAAGGGGAUUUUUGUAGACACCAACCUGUAUUUCCUGGCAUUGACCUUCUUUGUUGCUGCAUUUCAUCUUCUUUUUGAUUUCCUGGCAUUUAAAAAUGACAUCAGUUUCUGGAAGAAGAAGAAGAGCAUGAUUGGAAUGUCCACCAAAGCAGUACUCUGGCGCUGCUUCAGCACUGUGGUCAUCUUCCUGUUCCUGCUGGAUGAGCAGACGAGCCUGCUGGUACUGGUCCCAGCAGGUGUUGGGGCUGCCAUCGAGCUUUGGAAAGUGAAGAAAGCAUUGAAAAUGACGGUGGCCUGGAGGGGCCUGAUGCCUUGGUUCCAGUUUGGCACCUGCAGUGAAUCUGAGAGGAAGACCGAGGAGUAUGAUGCUCAGGCCAUGAAGUACUUGUCUUACCUGCUCUACCCUCUUUGUAUUGGGGGUGCUGUCUACUCACUCCUGAAUAUCAAGUACAAGAGUUGGUAUUCGUGGCUUAUCAACAGCUUCGUGAAUGGAGUCUAUGCAUUCGGCUUCCUCUUCAUGUUGCCCCAGCUCUUUGUCAACUACAAGAUGAAGUCGGUGGCACACCUGCCCUGGAAGGCCUUCACCUACAAGGCUUUCAACACCUUCAUUGACGAUGUCUUCGCCUUCAUCAUCACCAUGCCUACCUCCCACCGGCUGGCCUGCUUCAGGGAUGACGUGGUGUUUCUGGUCUACCUUUAUCAGCGGUGGCUUUAUCCUGUGGAUAAGAGCAGAGUGAACGAGUUCGGGGAGUCUUACGAGGAGCAGCCCAAGCGGAAAUCCCAUGCAGACUGAUGGCUUGGCCUGGGCUGCUCUGGCCACCAGGCAGAGCAGAACAGAAUAGAGCUGGCAACAAUGAGUAUUCCUGGAAGCUUUGGGAAUUCCUAGACACCACACUUUCUGCAUUGCCAAAUCCCUCUGAACAUUCCUCAGCACCUCCUGAGCGCCCUCCCAUGUGGAAGGAACCAAGUGUGGCUCUACACACGAGUUUGCUCUGCUGUGGAGUCCUCCAGGAGGAUGUUGGGUUUCCAUUUCAAGUUGUUUUAAGUGCUCCUUAUGUGAAUUUCAAAUGCAUAUGGAAAUUCUUUCCAUAUGGACUCUGGGAUCAAACGGCUCUUUUUUCCCUUUUGUUUAAAAUUGAUUGUUUUAAGCUUAAUGUGUGUGUGUUUCUAUUUUAAAAUAAAUUUCUCUG